AAUGACAUAGCCACAAUAAUAGCAGAAAACAUUUGCUUGUCAAAAAGUCAAGCAUAGACGUUUUAUCAUGAAUAAACUAUUAAUCAAAUGAGCAGUUUUAUUUAAAAAUUGGUAGGCUUUUCCUCAUUUUUCAUAUUCAUUAGGAAGCUGGAAGUUUUAUUCAGUAUAUUUUUAACAGGAUAAAACCCUCCGCUUUUUUUUAUUUAAUUUCUAUUUUUCAAAUUAUUGCGAUGUUAAUACCUGCCAAAAAAAUUCACAAUCAGAAAUGUUAUAAGUAGUCCUACAUGGUCAAGCUAAGCACAAUGUGGGUCCUGACGAGAUCACCGAGCUUGAGAUCCAAACUUGAUCGAUCUAGGAUGCUCUCAGGCAGACCAACUUCAUGAAGAGCUUUUUCAGCGUCCAAUUUUUGGCUAAUAUCAUUGUUUGUUCACACACCCUCGUACAUUGCAAACAAUGGAAAUAGGCUUCCGAGACUAUUUUCGAAAAGAUAUACCAGUCGACAUUUGUCCAUUGGUUGAAGAAGCAGGGGAUUGGCCCUGUGAUAUUGCACUUGAGCCAGAGAGGCCCGCCAAAGCUUUCCCAAUUAUGACUUUACGGCUUGUCAAGAUGGAGUUUAUCCAGCUCGGGAAGGCAUCUACCGUGGAGACUACGAGACAAAGAUGCAACGAUUUAGGACAAGCAUUUUCUACUCCUCUUUUUGCUACUUUUCUUCCUUCAACAAUUUAGACAUAAAUAUUUGAAUGAUUUCUACCUAUA